CUGUCCAGUAUUCACAUUUUUAUUAAAAAACUUUUGAAAACAAACUAUUUUGCUUCUACUUUGAAGGGAGACCUAAUAUUGAAGAAAAAACUGAUGAUAUGUUAGUUUUAUUUAAUCGUGUUGAAGAAAAUGUUUUUUUAUUUGAUAUUGUGUUGAAGACCAAAUAAUGGCAGAAGACGAGGUAAUGGAGGAUGUUGAGGAGCAAUAUAUUCCUGAAGGAGGAAUAAGAAUCGGAGACAUUUAUAUACCUCCCCCACCCGCCCCGGCCUGUACAUUUGAUUCUACAGGACCAAGAUUGAUAAUCACUCACAUAGAGAAUGAUUUCUUUAAAUCGUAUGCUGGCAACCAGGUACUUGGGCCCUUUCACAAGAGUUUCACAUCUAUCGUUGGACCCAACGGGAGCGGGAAGAGUAACGUCAUUGAUUCAAUGCUCUUCGUUUUCGGAUACAGAGCACAGAAGAUUCGAUCUAAGAAGUUGUCUGUACUCAUUCAUAACUCAGAUACCCAUCCUAAUGUACAGAGCUGUACCGUAUCCGUACAUUUUCAGGAAAUCUUGGAUAAAGGAGAUGAUUUCGAGGAGGUUCCUAAUACUAAGUUUGUUGUGACCAGGACAGCGUACAAAGACAAUUCAUCGUUCUAUCAGGUUCAAGAAUCCAAUAGCUCUGCUGGCCCAACGUGUAUCUGAACUCAACGAACAGAGGGUUGAGAAACUGAACAGGGUGAAGUUGGUUGAGAAGGAGAAGGAUGAGCUGGAGGGGCCAAUGAAAGAGGCCCUCAACUGUAUACAUAUGGAGAAUGAGAGAGUGCACAAGAAGAACAAGAGAAUACAGCUCGGCAUGCUUCAGUGCAAGAAGGAAAUCGGUCAGCAUGAGACAAGUAAGGCCCAGAUAGAGAGCAGUGUAUCUGAUCUUACAUCGAGGUUGAAGGAGGUUCAGGGGAAGAGGAAGGAUGCGGAAAAGGAGAUGGGUGAUAGGGGGAAGGACUUCAACGAGGCCCAGACCAAGUUCGAGACUUACCAGGCCGAGUUCAACAGCUUCGAGAUUGAGGAUGCGAAUAUCAGUGAGGACAGCAAAAGCACUAACGUCAGGAGGAAGAAGGUGACCCAGUUGAUGCAGUUGGAGAGGGAGAAGCACGAGAAGCUGGAGUCUCUCCCCGAGCUUAACAGAGAGAAGAUCAUUGAGUGUACGGAGCAGCAAGCUAAGUUAGAGGAGAAGGUCGCAGUAGAAGAGAAAAACUAUGAGAAAGCGAUGGCAACUCUUCGUCAGGAAACACAGGUGUUCCAAGACGAGAGAGAAAAGCACGGAAGUAUACUGAUCGGACUAAAGAAGACUGUCGACGAAUCCCAGUCCGUGUUGACGAUUGCGCAGAACGAGUUGACGAUCUACACCUCGGCCGCCCAGAAGGAGAAGAUUCGGCUGGAGCAGCUGAAGAACUCCAUCUCGAGCACCAAGGAUCAGUUAAAGGACAAGGGAGCUAGGUUGGAGGAACUGAAGACGGAGGUCCCUGCCAAGGAGAAGGAGUUACUCACAUCACAGAGAGAAGCACAGAAGGUAGCAGAAAGGUUGGAUGUGGUGAAAGGUGAACUGCAGGGUGUAAGGAUGGAGUACGAGGAGAAGAGGAGCUCCCAGGCUGCAACCAAGUCCCACGGGAAGGUCUUGGACGCUCUGCUCCAGCAGAAGAAGAAUGGGAAUAUUCCCGGGAUAAUUGCUAGACUAGGAGAUCUAGGAGCUAUUGACAAGAAAUAUGACAUCGCUGUGUCUACGGUUGGCAAAGGAGCCUUGAAUAACUUGUUAGUUGAAGAUGUAGAAACUGGAAAGCAGUGUAUUGCGUUCUUGAAGAAAAAUAAUCUAGGAACAGCAAAUUUCCUCGCUCUGGACAAAACCAAACACUUUCAGAACAAAUGUGAUGAGAGGUUUCAGGCACCCCAAGGGGUCCCCAGGCUCUUCGAUCUAAUCAAGGUGAACGAGCCUAGAUUACGCACUGCGUUCUACCAUUAUUUCCGGGAUACGCUUGUAGCCAGGGAUCUGAAUCAGGCAUCAGAGAUUGCGUACGGAGCCACAAGGCAUAAAGUUGUAACUCUGGAAGGAGAAUUGAUUGAAACUGUUGGAACUAUGUCUGGAACAGGAAAACAGAAACUUAGAGGACUAAUGGGGCAACAGGUUGCUGCAGUCCCCCAGACGGAUCCUAAGGAGAUGCAGAGAAUGGAGAGAAGUAUUGAAACAUUAGAUGCUGAAUACAGGGAGUUGUUUAACAAGAGACAAGAGCUAGAGGACUUAAUAAUCAGGUUGGGACGUGAGAUCAAAGAUCUGAAGAAAGAGCAGAGUAAACUGGAGGUUGAAGUUAAUCCUCUCAAUGAACAGCUUCGUAUGUGUGAAAGUCAGCUUGAUGAUCAGGAAGCCCGGGUUAAGGAAGCAGAACCAGAUAAGAAGAAGGUUGCUGAACUUGAAAAGCGCGUGAAUGCCGCUGAAGUAAAGUACAAUGCUGCUGCGGAGGCAGCUGAAGAGGUGAACAGGGAGGUCAAGAACUGUGACGCAAAGAUCAAGGAGAUCACAGGAGGCAAGAUCAAGAGCGUGCAGAAGAAGAGGGAUGAUGCGCAGAAGCAGUUGGACAAGAUGAGGAAGGAGAUCACAAGGCUGGAGGUGGAGAUCAAGACAAGUGAAAGGGAGAUCAAGAAAUGUGAAGAUAAGAUAAAAGGCUACGAGGAUGAGAAGAAGGAGUUUGAAGAAUCUAUGCGAAAAAUGAAAGCGCGAAAAGAUGAGAUUGAAGUGUUGUGUACUAAGGUGCUGGACAAAAAGAACGAGGCCCAGGAGGAGAUGGAGAAGAUGGCGGAGCAGAUUAGAGAGCUUAAGAAGAUCCAGGACAAAUGGAACAAGGAGGAGACAGAGCUCAAGUCCAGCAGGAUAGAGGUUGAUCAGAGGUUAGACAAAAUAGAUGGACAGAUAAGAGAACUCAAUAAUGUAAUCAGUAUGUACAAGAGGGAUCUUAGAAAACUCACGCUUCUGGUUGUUCCUGAUGAAGAAGGUGAAGAGCUGCGUGUGUAUACUGAUGAUGAACUGGAUGCCCUGGAUCUGGAUCUAGAAGAACUAGAUAUGGAUAUUCAGCAACUAGACGGGAAACUACAAGCUAUGAGGCCAAAUAUGGCAGCUAUUGCUGAAUACAAGAAGAAGGAAGAGGUUUACAUGGCGAGAGCGGCCGAACUCGACGAAAUGACGAAAGCUCGAGACGAGCAGAGAAAACACCAUGACGAUCUCAGGAAGCAGCGGUUGACCGACUUCAUGGAUGGUUUCGGGAUAAUCACCGGGAAACUUAAGGAGAUGUACCAGAUGAUCACUCUAGGAGGAGAUGCUGAGCUGGAGCUGGUGGACAGCCUGGAUCCAUUCUCGGAGGGGAUUGUGUUCAGUGUCCGGCCUCCGAAGAAGUCCUGGAAGAAUAUUUCUAAUCUGUCCGGAGGAGAGAAAACUUUAUCUUCAUUGGCUCUCGUCUUCGCUCUACAUUAUUACAAGCCCACACCCCUGUACGUGAUGGAUGAGAUUGAUGCCGCGUUGGAUUUCAAGAACGUUUCCAUAGUUGCAAACUAUAUCAAGGAGAGAACUAGAAAUGCACAAUUCAUCAUCAUCAGUCUCAGGUCUAAUAUGUUUGAGCUGGCAGACCGAUUGGUUGGUAUCUAUAAAACCUACAAUUGUACUAAAAGUGUAACUAUUAAUCCUGAGGCUGUAGGAACUCCCAAUAGCCAUCCAAUAACAAACAAGAGUAACGAAACAGAGAACUCGGUUCAAUCUCAGCAGCCUCUUACAGAGAUGGAGAUCAACUAGAAGAUGAUCUCAACUUAAUUGACCUCCAGGAAGAAAUUACUGAUAAGUUUAGAGGAUGGUUAAGGAGAAGCUUGACAUCUUAAAUAUAAUUAACGAUUAGUUUUAACUUACAUAUAUAACCACCAGAUAGGGACCAAGAAUUUAGUAAAUAUUUUAGUGACCAAAAAACUACCAGUUGUCUUACGCAUUUGCUACAUUUGUUUUUGAAGUUGGUUGUCAAUCUAGAUAUUCGGCAAGAGCUGUCAUUUGUAUUAACUUUUAAUUUCAAACAAUGAGAAUAUAUAGAUAUUGAUAGGCCUAGUAUCUUCCGCUAAUACAAAAAUAAUAUACUCUUUGUAUAUAGUAUUAUCAAUUAAUAUUUUCCCGCAUUUACUUGAAUCUAAAUAAUUAUGUAAAUCAAUCCUAGGCGUAAAAAUACGAACUGAAAAGUACCUGCACCCUUUCAUGUAAAAUAGAUUAGUACGAAUAUAUUUUUAUAUUUUCAGAAAA